AUGGGAAGUGCUUCACUUGUACUGUUUGCGAGACUCUCGGGGUUAAUUAUCGCGGUUUUGGUUGUAUACUGGGCUCUCUUGCUCGUACCUCAUCAAGGCCUCACAUACUCUACUCUUCAUCCUCUGCUGAUGGUAAUUGGCUUUAUUCUUGUAAGUGGAGAAGCGAUUCUGAUACACAGAUGGUUGCCUGGUUCAAGAAAAACGAAGAAAGCAGUUCACCUAUGGAUGCAAGGAGUGGCAUUGGUCUCUGCUGUGUUUGGGAUAUGGACAAAGUUCCAUUAUCAAUCGGGAGUUUUCUCAAACUUCUACAGUCUCCAUUCUUGGAUGGGUCUACUCUCUAUUUCUCUCUUCGCUGCUCAGUGGGUGACUGGGUUCUUGAGCUUCUGGCAUAGAGGAGAAGUAAGGACAACAAGAACCACGUUUCUUCCAUGGCAUGUCUUCCUCGGACUCUACACCUACGGUCUAGCCAUUGCCACCGCUGAGACCGGACUUCUUGAGAAGCUCACUUUCCUUCAGACCAACAGAAACGUCCCAAGACGCUGUCAUGAAUCAACGGUCGUCAACGGUCUUGGUCUUGGCUUAGUUUUGCUCAGUGGCGUUGUUAUAACAGCUGCUAUUUUGCCAAAGUAUCAGAAUAGCCAUUCUGGUAAUGAGAAACUCGUUUAUUCAUCUCAAGAUCGUCGCAAAUGUCUGACUUCUUGA